UAAUAAUUUCUUCUCUCUUUUGUCAUCAAAAUAAAAUCUUUCAUAUUAACUACUUAGAAAUUCUCAAAUUUUGCGACAAUGGCCAUCAACUUGGUCCAAGGUUUCCGCACCAAGGCCCACCCGAAACACGCUGCUUCGAUCGGGUUGUACCCGGAUGCCAAGUACUUGGUUAUUCGGAUCCCAGACUCUAGAGCAUUGAUGAUCCUUAGCCGUUCUUUGAUUCUGGCACUCUGCAUAGUCUCGCUGCCGUGUUUGAAUUCCCUCCUUUCAAUCGCAACCACUUCUUCUCCUGAAAUAACUACCUCUGACGUCAUGAUCCCCGUUAAAAUCGGGCUCCUGCCUUUGAUCUUCCGCGACUUGGCCAACGAAGGCCUGUUCAAGAGAGGCACGCAUAAGGCUGUUUUCGUGAGCGGCCGCCGAGACGAAGAGGCUGUCAAGAAAUCAGAGAUCCUCGACGUUAAUGAGAUGGAGCUUAUCGACGCUGAAAAACAAAGCUCAAUCCCUGACAACUCAAUUGACUUCGCCUUCGUCUCUUCCUUCCCCACCGCCUCUAAAUUCCUCGAAAGGACCCUUAAAGUUGGCGGGAUCGUCGCGCUUCAGCUUAGCGACAACCCCGCCAGCGGCUUCAAGAAGCCUGAGAACUACAAGAUGGUGUACUUGAGGCGGUUCGACGCGACCGUUUUGGCCAUGAGGAAGACCGGAAAGGCAUCCGCAACGACUUCUCCCACCCGGAGACGGCUCUUCGCCGAGGAGGCAAAGAAGGAAGCCUUGAAGAAUCUAGAAGACGUGCUUCUCGAACCCCCAAGAGCCUCGUCCUUGAAAUCGAGAAGGUACUUGAAGCGAACAAGGUAUCUCCCGGAUUUGAUGGGUGACUCUCUCGAGAGCUACCCUCGAAGGGUGUUCAUAGACGUAGGAUUGCCGGAGAAGGAAGGCGGGAGCGGGACAGGCUGGUUCGCGAAGAACUACCCGACCCGGAACAAGAACUUUGAGAUGUACAAGAUCGAGACGGUGACGGAGGAGAGCUCCGGGAAGGAGGUGGUUCAGACCGGGAUGUCGGAGUGGCUGAAGAAGAACGUGAAGGAGGAGGAGUACGUGGUGAUGAAGGCGGAGGCCGAGGUAGUGGAGGAGAUGAUGAACACCAAAGCGAUCAAGUUGGUGGAUGAGCUUUUCUUGGAGUGCAAGCCACAGGGGCAAAAUGGGAAUAAGGGUGAUAAUAAUAGUAAUAGUAAGACUAACUAUGUGAGGAGUCGCAGGGCUUACUGGCAGUGCUUGGCUUUGUACGGACAGCUUCGGGACGAAGGUGUUGCUGUGCAUCAAUGGUGGGGUUAGACAAAAAUGAAUAAGUUUUGAGCCGGAGAGAGAGAGAGAGAGCUAGAGAGAGAGAGAGAGAGAGAGAGAGAGAGAGGGGGGGGGUAAUGAUAUAGAAAGCAAGUAAAAUCUUUGUUUUGUUUUUAUUAUUUUUCUUAUGCGUCUGUUAUGUUGGUGUGUACUAGUUUUAUGUAUGGACCUGGAGUUUAUAUAUGAUUCGUCGUCCUGAAGAAGAAGAAGCUUUCUGCAGAAUUAUGACGACGACGAAGACCACGAUGGGUUUGUAACAUGAGGGAUGGUUUCAACUGAGAGUUGGAAGGGUGUUCUCCUAUUGAACAAACCAAAAGGAAACAGAGAUACACAUAUAGAGUGUGUUGUUGCUAAUUCUUUCAUUUAAUCUUGUACUUGUAUAUCAAUGUGGAUCAAGAUUCAGAGCUACUCAAAAUGUGUAUGAAUUGGGAUCAUGGUUACAUGCUAGAGAGAAAUUUCAAAUUCUUCUCAAUAUA